AGCCUCAGGUUUGUGGGGCGUACGUAACUCGGGCGGAGGGAGUAAAGGUGGCAGGCCCCAACUGCCCCACCCCCUACGGGGUGAGGUGGUCUAAGCUUGGGAAGCUGGGACACGGUUGUCUUCCCUUCCCCGGGGAAAGUUGGUGGAGUUUUCCCGGCGGAGGUGCAGAAACUUCCUCCGUCCCCCAACCCCCCCCCUCCAUGCAGGCGACGCCGAGUGAGGCUGAGGCUGGUGGCGAAUCGCUGCAGAGCUGCGUGUCGGCCGCGCACUCUGAUUGGACAGUGGGGAAGCCUGUCAGCUUAUUGGCCCCGCUGAUCCCGCCCCGUAGCGCAGGGCAGCCUUUAACCUUUGGCCCCAGCGGGCGCCAGCCACUCAGAUCGCUUCUUGUUGGUAUGUGUAGCGGCAGUGGCCGCCGGCGGAGCAGUCUGAGCCCGACGAUGAGGCCGGGGACGGGAGCGGAGCGUGGAGGCCUCAUGGUGAGUGAAAUGGAGAGCCAUCCUCCUUCGCGGGGUCCCGGGGACGGGGAGCGGAGAUUGUCCGGCUCAAGCCUCUGCUCCAGCUCUUGGGUCUCUGCUGACGGCUUCCUGAGGAGACGGCCCUCGAUGGGGCACCCUGGCAUGCAUUAUGCCCCAAUGGGAAUGCACCCUAUGGGUCAGAGAGCGAAUAUGCCUCCUGUACCUCAUGGAAUGAUGCCGCAAAUGAUGCCCCCUAUGGGAGGGCCGCCAAUGGGACAAAUGCCUGGAAUGAUGUCUUCAGUAAUGCCUGGAAUGAUGAUGUCUCAUAUGUCUCAGGCUUCCAUGCAGCCUGCCUUACCGCCAGGAGUAAAUAAUAUGGAUGUAGCAGCAGGUACAACAUCUGGUGCAAAAUCAAUGUGGACCGAGCAUAAGUCACCUGAUGGAAGGACUUACUACUACAAUACUGAAACAAAACAGUCUACUUGGGAGAAACCAGAUGAUCUGAAAACACCUGCUGAGCAACUUUUAUCUAAAUGUCCCUGGAAGGAAUACAAAUCUGACUCUGGAAAGCCUUACUAUUAUAAUUCUCAAACAAAAGAAUCCCGCUGGGCCAAACCUAAAGAACUUGAGGAUCUUGAAGGAUACCAGAAUACCAUUGUUGCUGGAAGUCUUAUUACAAAAUCAAACCUGCAUGCAAUGAUCAAAGCUGAAGAAAGCAGUAAGCAAGAGGAGUGCACCACAACAUCAACAGCCCCGGUUCCUACAACAGAAAUUCCAACCACCAUGAGCACCAUGGCUGCUGCAGAAGCCGCUGCCGCUGUUGUUGCCGCCGCCGCCGCCGCCGCUGCUGCCGCCGCCGCAGCCAAUGCCAGUGCUUCCACCUCUGCUUCAAACACUGUCGGUGGAACUGGCCCAGUCGUUCCUGAGCCAGAAGUUACUUCGAUUGUUGCUACCGUUGUAGAUAACGAGAAUACAGUGACAAUUUCAACUGAAGAACAAACACAACUUACUAGUACUCCUGCUGUUCAGGAACAGAGUAUGGAAGUAUCCAGUAAUACUGGAGAAGAAACAGCUAAGCAGGAAACUGUAGCUGAUUUUACUCCCAAAAAAGAAGAGGAGGAAAGCCAACCAGCAAAGAAAACCUAUACUUGGAAUACAAAGGAAGAGGCAAAGCAAGCGUUUAAAGAAUUAUUGAAAGAAAAGCGAGUACCAUCUAAUGCUUCAUGGGAACAAGCUAUGAAAAUGAUCAUUAAUGAUCCACGAUACAGUGCUUUAGCAAAGUUGAGUGAAAAAAAGCAAGCCUUUAAUGCUUACAAAGUCCAGACAGAGAAAGAAGAAAAAGAAGAAGCACGAUCAAAAUACAAAGAGGCUAAGGAAUCCUUUCAGCGUUUUCUUGAAAAUCAUGAGAAAAUGACUUCCACAACCAGAUACAAAAAAGCAGAGCAAAUGUUUGGAGAGAUGGAAGUCUGGAAUGCAAUAUCGGAACGUGAUCGUCUUGAAAUCUAUGAAGAUGUUUUAUUCUUUCUUUCAAAAAAAGAAAAGGAGCAAGCAAAGCAGUUACGGAAGAGAAAUUGGGAAGCCUUAAAAAACAUACUUGACAACAUGGCUAAUGUAACAUACUCUACUACCUGGUCUGAAGCCCAGCAGUAUCUGAUGGAUAAUCCAACUUUUGCAGAAGAUGAGGAAUUACAGAACAUGGAUAAAGAAGAUGCAUUAAUUUGCUUUGAAGAACACAUCCGAGCUUUAGAAAAGGAAGAAGAAGAAGAAAAACAGAAGAGUUUGCUGAGAGAAAGGAGACGACAGCGUAAAAAUAGAGAAUCUUUUCAGAUAUUUUUAGAUGAACUGCAUGAACAUGGACAACUGCAUUCUAUGUCAUCUUGGAUGGAAUUGUAUCCAACAAUUAGUUCCGACAUUAGAUUUACUAAUAUGCUUGGUCAACCGGUUUUUUCAUUAGGAUCAACUGCACUUGACCUUUUCAAGUUUUAUGUUGAGGAUCUUAAAGCACGUUAUCAUGAUGAGAAGAAAAUAAUAAAAGACAUUCUAAAGGAUAAAGGAUUUGUAGUUGAAGUAAAUACGACUUUCGAAGACUUUGUGGCCAUAAUCAGUUCAACUAAAAGGUCAACCACGUUAGAUGCCGGAAAUAUUAAGUUGGCUUUCAACAGUUUACUAGAAAAAGCAGAAGCUCGUGAACGCGAACGAGAAAAAGAGGAGGCUCGAAAAAUGAAACGAAAAGAAUCUGCAUUUAAGAGUAUGUUGAAACAAGCUACUCCUCCAAUAGAAUUGGAUGCUGUCUGGGAAGAUAUCCGGGAGAGAUUUGUAAAAGAGCCAGCAUUUGAGGACAUAACUCUAGAGUCUGAAAGAAAACGAAUAUUUAAAGAUUUUAUGCAUGUGCUUGAGCAUGAAUGUCAACAUCAUCAUUCAAAGAACAAGAAACAUUCUAAAAAAUCGAAAAAACAUCACAGGAAACGUUCCCGCUCUAGAUCGGGAUCAGAUUCAGAUGAUGACGACAGCCAUUCAAAGAAAAAAAGACAGCGAUCAGAGUCUCGGUCUGCCUCAGAACAUUCUUCUAGUGCUGAGUCUGAGAGAAGUUAUAAGAAGUCAAAAAAACAUAAGAAGAAAAGCAAGAAGAGGAGACAUAAAUCUGACUCUCCAGAGUCAGAUGCUGAGCGAGAGAAGGAUAAAAAAGAAAAAGACCGAGAAAGUGAAAAAGACAGAACUAGACAAAGAUCAGAAUCAAAACACAAAUCACCUAAGAAAAAGACUGGAAAGGAUUCUGGGAAUUGGGAUACUUCUGGCAGUGAACUGAGUGAAGGGGAAUUGGAAAAGCGCAGAAGGACCCUUUUGGAGCAACUGGAUGAUGAUCAAUAAAUUAUACCAAAUAUAUGUUUACAGUAUGAUUUAAAGUCUAAUUCAGACCAGGGACUCUAUUUUAAAGUUCAAUUGAAAUAACACUGGGUUUUAAUUAUAUCACAGGAAAAAAAAGUGCAUUUAAGUAUUGUUAUUGUGGACUUUAUAAAAAGCAAAGGAAAUUGAAAAUAACUUUUGAUUCUGUAUCAAGAAUCAUAUUUUCAUACGGUCAUAACUGUCUUUCUGUGACCCUUUCAUAGGGCACUGCAGGAUGGAUUAAAGGUGGCAAUUCACUGAUAACUGCAGAUGUCUCUACUUUGUUCUGAAGUCUAAGUCAUGAGGCGAUUUGAUUUACUUUAUAGAAGUUGGAUUUUGAAGAUAUAAUGAAAAUUUUUUUGAUAUUUAGUAGUACAAAAAAAGCACCAGCAACUGACAAAACUGCUUUUUUGUGCACUACCCAACUGGUUAAAGCUGAUACGAUCUUUUAUGGUGAACUCAGAAAUAGAUGUUCUUAACGGAAACCCGGUAGACCCUUAACUAUAGUGGUGCUAAUGAGCACUACUAUAAUAAAGCCACCAUUAUUUUUUAUGAAACACCUGAAUACAUUUUAAAAAAAGGCUGUUGUGAGGGCAUUAUUUUGAGGUGAUGUUUUAAAAGUUAACAUCAAAUCAAAUUGUAAAUUAGUUUAAAUAUAUUGCCUUAAGGACCUACUAAAGAAUGUGCCACCAAACUUUAAGUGAUAGUUGCAAUAUCCUUGUCUGAAACAGAAAUCAAUGUUGACUUAAACAUUUUCUUUAACAGUUGUUUUUUUUUUUUUUUUUAAUCCGAUCUUUUCUCUUUUUUUCAUUGAGGAAGUCUUUUACCUUCCCUACUCACUGAGAAGUAUUGACUUCGUGGUACACAUUCUAAAGCAUUUCUGAUUUGAAUAUUUUUGUACAUUUUUAUCAAUUAUUAAACCUUCUCUUCUAGCGUGUACUAGUAUUUAUUUCUACUUAAACUACUCAGCUCUAAAAUUGUAUGAUCAUUUAAAGAUACUAAAUCCUUGAAAUUUUGCUUCAUCUUACCCACAUAGCUAGGUUCCUUUCCUUUUUAAUAUUUAAUAUUAUAAAUCAGUACAUUUGAGGCCCCUGUAAUUUGUUUUUGAUCCACAAAUUUCCUAUAGAAAACUUUAGAGAGGCAAUGGUUUGAAGCUAGAAUACUCUUUACAUGCUAACUUUUGAAAGUUGGUAAUGUAAUUUAUACUAUUUUCCUUCAGUGCAGGAGAUUUUUUUAAUAAGUAAAUUUUAGCACAUAGUCUUUGGCAUUAGAUAUUUUUUUAUUUUGGACACUUCGAGCGAUCCUAUUUCAAGUUGGGAUUUGGAAGAACAAAACCUUCAUUUUAUUUUUCCUUCACCAUUCUAAUGAAUUUGAGAAGUUCAAAUGACCAGGACUGCUCUUUCCCCAUCCCUUGCUACUGUUUCAAUUAAAUCUAGCAUCCACUGUUGAAAGCCUCAAAAAAGAGGGGGGGGGGGGCGGGGAGUUAUUUCUAAACUUUUCUCUGCCAAGUCAUUUUCCUGCUGUGAAAACUGACAUGACUGUGGAAAAUGAGAAUCACUAUCUUAGAAGAUGUGAAGUAAUCAAGUUGCUUACUUGAGGUUAGUCUCAUUGUAUAUUAGAACCAAAAACUAUAACAACUUUGGCAAUAGGGAGUUGCCUAGAUUUAAUUUUCAGAGGUCUCAUAAUGAUAGUUAAUAUUGCUAAUCAUGUCAAACACUUGACAUGGAAGUCAGUGGCAAAAUCUUCAAAAUGCUUAUGAUAUUGGCAGAAAUAUUAGUGUGGUGUUUCAUAAGAGAUUUUAGAAUCUGUAAAAUUUUGUUUUAAUUCCAUGAAUGAUUUUUUUAAGUGCAACUUUAAAGUUUUAAUUUUUCUAUUUAAAUAAAAAGUUAUUGAUAUGUUUUAGCAUGUCCUCACAAUAGAUUUCUGUAUUUCUUAGAGAUACUGUCUUCACACCUCAAAUUCCUACAGUACAAAUUCAAGUUUCUCUAUAGUUCAUCCGUGAAAAUUAUUUGACCUUAAAACAGAACUGCUGAAUAAAUGGCAACUCAAAAUAUAACAGCAUUAUAAAAGAUGUAAUUGAAGUGACUAUAAUCCUUGUCUACCUUUAAUGAUCCCAUGAAGUGGGAUUUAGUUACCAAAAGGUACUGUACAGUCUGAAAGCACAGGUGAUGGAAAGAUUUUGUUACAAGAGUUCUAUGUGAAUAUUUUUAACCUAUUAGAUUAGGUUUCUAAAUUUUCAGUCUGGUAAAAGCUGAAAUGUCUUAGAAUAUUGGUUCUGUUAGAGUUAAACAGAAAUGUUCAAAGAGUUUGAACGAAUGUGUUCAAACAGGAAAGUGUGUUUAUUUUCAGAUAAGGGGAAGUUACACGUUUCAGUUAAGCAUCAGACUCUUCGGUAAAUGUUGAGGGUUUUACUUCCCUCUGUAUCUUAGUAUUAAUGAAUUAUUGGAUUAAAUUUACUAAUAGAUUUAUUAUCAUAAUAGUCAAAAUCAGAAUCUCCAAUAUUUGAUGUUUUUAUUUUCUCCCAGUCCAGUAAUUCCUGUAUGGGAAAAUUGAAUUUGUAUGAAAAGUCAAGUAUGAUGAAUCCUUUGCACUUUCCCAAGUUUAUUUAACGUAAUGCUUUUAAAUAAAAGCAAUGGUCCUUUUUUUUUUUUAAACACAGCAAGGCUAUUAUUUCAUUAUUACCCAAAGCAGCUUCAAAAAUAGAUUAUUCAGUGUUUUUCAACAAUAAAAACUUCACUGUUUAUGCCUCCCAGUAAAUUUGAAAAUGAUAUGUCACAGCUUGACUUCGCUAAUUGGGCCUCAUUUUAUACAGCUAUAAAAUAAAAAUGGCCUAGAGUAAGGCCUUAUUCAUAGUGGUAGAGUGAAGAAACUGUAAAAACGGAAACAUCUCUGUACAUUUUUCUGGAAAGACAGUCCAUAAUUUUUUUUUACCAAAGGGCCUGUAUUCUGUGUUAAGAAGCAUUUGCCUAGAUGAUCCUGGUUUUCUUCCAGUGUUAAUGGUCAACUCAGUGCUGACUAGGCAGCCACUUUUCUUUUUGCAUCCAGAAAGGGGUAGCCAUAUAGGUUUUUUGUUUUGUUUUUAAGCUUAGAUGCUAUUUGAGAGAGAACGGUUUCUAAUCAAAUAGUACCCAGGGAAGAGUGAUGAAUGCUAUAAGUUUAUAGAAUAUUUAAGAAUAUUAUGUAAUUUAAAUGUAAAUUACAAAAUAAGGAACCAAAUAAACAUUUCUAAAAGCAAAAUGAGGCAAAGCACAUUAAUUCCUUGUAUCUUAAAUCAGACUUUUCUUUUCCCUUGGGGAUGUAUCUCUCUCAGUAUCAGGUACAAUUUUAAUUCUUUUAUAUUCUCUAAGUAAACCACUCAUUUUAAAUAAAGGAAAAGCA